AUGUCGGUGAGUUCACAAACGGAUUCAAAAACAAUUUUGAAAAAUACAACGGACAAGCCACCUUUCAAACUUUGUUUCUCAAACCAACGACCAAUUGGACAAUCGGAUGCUUACAUUUCUAAGAUCAAUGGUAUCUUAAAUUUUACAGCUAACUUUGUAACACCAAAAUUUUAUUCGAGAGAAAACGAGAAUUUGAAAAAUCUCGAUUUGGACGAUACAAUUAAACGAAUAAAAAAAGAGGAUGAAAAAAUUCCAAAAGGAAUUUAUCGGUGGCCAUUGUUGACCAGUCACACUUAUGGUUGGUGGCAUGAAAAAGGAAUAGAACCGAAGGAUCAAAGAUUUCAAUUUCACAAAAAAACUUCGGAUUUAGUAAGCUUUCAAAUGAAGAUAUAUGCGGAAGAUAAAAAAACAAAGAAUCCUAACCCCAAUUUAAGUUCGAGAACGCCCAUUUUUCGAGAAGGAUAUCUCAAGGAUAAUUUUUACGACAAAAGAAAUCGUUUGUCCAAGGACAGACUUAACGGUGAAUGA